AUGAUCAUUGACUUCUCUGCUUUGGAAGCGAUCGACUUCUUCUUCACCGACAAUGAGAAAGUGUCUCAUAUCUUCAACUACCGUUUUGGGAACACUCUCGAGAUUGAAGAACUGAAAUCAAUGUUCAUCGACGAUGACCCACAACAAGGACUUCUUCCGGAAUCACAGCUCAUACCAGAAAUUCGGAAGCUUAUUACAACGACUCUUAUUGAGCCCUGUGUCACCGAUACACCGGACACGACCAUCAUCCAGCCUCUUGUUGAUCUUGCCCCUCUUAAAGUCUUGAACGCCAAGGGGCAGAUGGUCCGUCUGCGAACAAGAUCUUUGACCAACGCCAUCCGCGGAGCCAUCCAAACCAAAGGAUUAAUCAAAAUCGACAUUGUAACCGCUGGAUGGUACUACCCCCCUACUGUACCACCCAUGAUCACCAACUUUGGACUCGUUGAGAAGAAUGUGCCAGUGGCCAACCAAGUGACGGCUAAUCCUACCCCUAAGCCAAUAACAACUUUGACCACCAACCGCUCUCCUUUCGACCCCAGCUCAUGGUCACCUGAGCCAAGAAAUAACUCUAUCUUUCUGUCAGUAUACUUGCACACAAGUUCGAUAUGA